CGAGACUAUACUGAAUGGGCUUCACUGUUAAGAAAGCGUGCGACCUUAAUAGCACGUGUGGCACUUGGUUGUGAGGGAUCUGUGUCAAAGUAUUUAGGAUCUUUUUUUGAACGAGAGGUGCCAAAUUUUCCAGUUUCCCUGGAAGUCCAGUCAUUGCCUGCUUCUUGAUUUUUCAUACGAUACUAUCUUCAUGGCUGCAAUUUACUCUGGCAUUCACCUGAAGCUAAAAAGUACAAAGACAUCAUGGGAGGACAAACUCAAGUUGGCUCAGUUUGCAUGGAUUUCUCAUCAGUGCUUUCUUCCAAACAAAGAACAAGUCUUGCUGGAUUGGGUGUGCCAUACCCUGGUUUCCUGUUCCAAUAAGAAACUUGAAUUGCCCAAUGAUAUUGUUGAGAAGCUUUGGAUGUACCUGGACAACAUCCUUCAUAGCAGGAAGCUGCAGAGUCUCUUCAAGGAUGGAAAGACAAUCACCCUACGUUUUUCAAUUGCACAGGUCAUGAAUGAAAAGCUUUCCACCUCUUACGCCCAAAAAACCUUGAGGGACGUUGGCACUGUGCUAAGUUGCUGUAGUGGCAUCCUGUCUGUGCCCCCUCUCUCGAUAGUUUACACUGCAAAAUUUGAGCUCCUGGUGGACCUUCUGAGCAAGUUGUCCUGUCUGGCGUGUUGGCAGUUGUCAUCAGAAGAGGCUGUGUCACCCCAGUUGCUUGAAGUCCUCCAGCUGACCUUCCAGCAGUACCUCCUGAUUCAGAGGCAGCAGGCCAAUGCGAACCGCGUAUUUGGGCAAGUGACUAAGCAGCUGCUUCAGCCGUGCCUGCUCCUGAGGCAUUUGCUCACUAGCGGGGCAUGGACGCAGGCGGAAGACGGCCAUCUGCGUCAGCAUCAGAGCAAGGAGAUCCGGAGCAGCAUAGAAGCCCUGCUGGCGGCUGGUAUUUUCCGGCCAGAACUCUUGCCGUCUUACAGUGAAGAGUUGCUGCAAGAGAAGGAGCCUCACGCCACAAGAAAAGGGGGUUUGAAACAUCUCCUGCUGCCGGCCAGCACAAUCCAGGCUAGAUUAGAAGAUGCUAGUUUUUGUCCUCCAGCUCUUCAUGGGAAAGUGGUAGCAAACUCAGUGCCUCUGCUCUUUAAGUUGUUCCUAGAAUCUUACAAUAAGGCCGAAAACCACCUUGUCUGCUUCCACAUGCUCACCAGGCUUUAUCGCUGUCUAAGGAUUUCCAACCUGCAAGAGGAUCUUUGGAUCAGCCAGUUUUCUCCGUCAGAGUGGACCUCGGAGCUCCUGGCCAUGGAGCAGCUUUUGAACUCGGUGCUGAGCAACGGCAUCUAUAACGUUGCCGCGGAUAGGAUUCGGCACAAGGAAGUGCAGUUUCACUUUUACCGCCAGCUGGCACAGAUUCUGGUGAGUCAUUCCCAGCCUGCCAUCCCUGCCUGGUUCAGGUGUCUCAAGGCCUUGAUCUCCUUAAAUCAUUUGAUUGUGGAGCCUGAUUUGGACGACUUGGUGGCCUCUGCUUGGAUUGAUGCAGAGGUCUCUGAGCCGCGUACAAAAAAGGCUCAGGAGACACUCGUCGCGACUCUCUUCCACACUUACGCCAAGCUGCGCCAGUUCCAAAAGCUCUUUGAGGAGGUUCUGUCUGUCAUCUGCCGUCCUGCUGCAGAGGAGCUGAGGCUCCCGGUUCUUCCUGCAGGCAUCCGGGCCAAGCUCUGCGAGUGCCUCCUCGAUCUGCCACCCAAUCAGAUCCUGGACAUUGUGGCGCUCAUACUGGAGAAGUGCCAGACUUUCCUUAUACCUGAUGUCAGAGGAGACUCUGACGUGGCCUCGAAGCUCCAGUCCAUGAGCUCAUUGCUGCAUUCUGUUCUGUUCCAUAUGAGGAGCUUAGAUGAUUCCACCCCGUUGCCUGUUGUGCGUCGGACUCAGACUCUGAUGGAGACGAUGCAGAGGGAGGUGAUCCGAGCUUUGUUUGUCCUGCUGACAGAUUGCCAGGCAGAAGAAACGGAGCUGGAGCUUUGGGUAGAGAAAGUUGGUGGCUCUGCUCUCCUCCUUGCUUGCACUUGGGUAGCGGUCAAUACUCUUUUCAGUUUAAAUUGCCCAAAGUAUGCCUCCCCGGUAGGCAAAACAACCUUGGCUCUUACUGAUUCCACCGUAGGCAACUGGGACUUCUCGGCUGUCCUCCCUGGUUUGGAUACGCAGUGCUGGGAGAAGAUCACAAAGCUCUUAAGCUGUUCCUGCUCAGGGAGCAGAUACUGUACAGAAUGGCUGGUGCUUCAGAAAAUGAAGAUGAUGCUGAUGGAAUCCAGCUCUCAGACAGAGGCAUCCCACCAGGCUUUGCAGUGUGCUGGAGCUUUCAUCCUUCAGUCUGGAAGAUGUUGCACGAAUGGAGAAGAGUCAGAGCCCUGGGAUGGCAAUGCAGGCGCAAUAACUAGCCUCACUUACCCUACCGCUCAUUGGCACCUCGUAGUCUCCAACCUUCCCAUCCUGGCCCCCUAUCUAUCCAUGAGUGAUACAUGGUACGUUGCAGGUGUGCUCCUGAAAACACUCUUGGCGAACCAGACACAGGCAGCCCCUGAUGGUGACGGCAGCUCCUUAAUCACCAUUGGAAAGGUGUCUACAGAUUUGCUGCAUAGUCCUCUUCUUCCAGAACUGCGGGUGCUACAUUCCUCUUUCCUAAGCCACAUAGUCCAGCACUGUGCGAGCAUCGUUGCCAACCAGCCUUUACAACAGCUGUCUGCAGAAGAUGUGCCAUGGUGUGAGUUUGACCCUUCUGGUUGCGGUGCCAGCACAGGGCCUAGCAGCGAACCUUCCAUGUGCUGGACAGCAAUGGAGAAAGCUGCUCAGAUUAUACUAUCAUCAGCAAAGGGGAGGGAUUAUGUGACCUUGGAAGAAGAGCACCUCAAUAGGCUUUUGGGUUUGCUGGAUAUAAUUUCGGCGUUGAAUCUGGACAGCCUCUUUCCUUUGGGCCACACGCGGUGCUUCCUUUUGCUGUUAUCUUUGGCUGCCAACACCAAGGCAAGCGUUGCUUGCAGCGAGGCCUUGUCUCUGAAGUUCAGGACAACCUGCUACCGUCUCCUGGCCUGCCUGCAGACAAGCAGGAACGCAAAUUCGUCCUUCAAGGUCCUGCAUGCCAGUGAUGUUCUCGAAGCCGCCCUCUCCUCUGCAUUUGCAGCGUGCAAGACUUCGGCCGGCGUUUCAGCAGCUGCUCCGUGGGAUGAAUUUCUAUGCGGGGUCCAGGUCUUUUUGGAGCACUACCUUCAGUUCACUCUCGAGAGGAGGCAAAGUGUGAAGCUGAACCUGGAAAAGUUCAUGUCGUUCCUAGCCACUUGCAAGCCGUGUGCAGCCAGCAGCGAACAUGCUGAGAGCUGGAGCCCUGCUGCUGACCAGCUCCUCUUGGUGGCAGUAACAGCACAGUGUCAAGUUCUGACUUUGCACCUCCAGCACCUCCAGCAGCAGGGGAGCCAUCAGGCUUCAGGAACACUGCCUGUUUUGCUGGAACAGGCAGUGCUGCAGACGGGAGCAACCAUCCAGCUCUGCCUUAGAAAUCACACAAAAGGCCAGCCGUUGCCUUUGGUGUUCCUGCCGUGCAUUACUACCCUUCUGAAAGCAGAUUCUUUUCUUGCGCAGUCGGUGACGGGGGAGAAUGCGCAAAAAAGCCCCGCACAGCCGAGCAAAUGCCAGCAGCUGUCUCACCGCGAAUUGUAUCAACGUUUCUACAUUCAGCUCUUGAGAGAACUUGACUUGGCUGGUGGCAACGUCCAGUUUCUUCGCUCUGCACUGCAGUUCCUAACUGCCUUCUGUUCCAUGCCCGAACUGUAUCCUGCACAAGCAACUUCCAUUGUUGCAUUUCACUCCAUCAGAAAACUACUUGCAGGUCCUGGAGUCACCGUCCAAGUGAUUCGAGAUCUGGAAGUGCAGCUGACAGAACUGAUGGCCCAGCUGGUGGAGAAUUGUACCCCUGACGACUUUUGUGCCAUGUUGAGGGUGGUGCUUGAGGGAUUAGAUGUUCGCAAUAUUUGGAAACAAAAUCAUGAAGAAGCAUUGUCGGCUGUUACUCUAGUCAAAGUGCUGCUUGGCUGCCCUUUAAGCAGAGAGAAAGAGAAAGCGUUCUGGUUUUCCAGUCCCCGGAUAAUCACUGCUUUAGUUAUGCAAAUGAAAGAGGCAUCUCAAGAUCCAAAGCGCAUACCCAUCCUCGUAGUACCUAUACUGGAGACAGUGGCAGCCCUCCUAAGGCAAGGAGAAGGCGUUCUCUCUAAUCCGCAUCAUGUCACCCUGGUGUUCAAUAUUCUUCUGACUGUCCCUCUCGACCAAAGGGAGUAUGGGAACAUCUUCCUGGGAAUUCACGAGGUUCUCUUUUCCAUCCUGCAGUGUCAUCCUAAGGUGAUGCUCAAAGCAGCUCCAUCUUUCUUGAACAGUUUCCAUAGACUGGUUAUUUCAGUUAUGCACGAGGGGAAACAGAAAGGAGACAGAGGGAUCACAGAUGAAUUUGAAGUUAUACUGAAGUGUGCCCACUUGGUGGAGCGUAUGUAUUCUUAUAUUGCUGCAAAAACAGAAGAAUUCACUGUGUUAUCUUCCUUCAUUGUGGCCCAGUAUGUAAUUGAACUGCAGAAGGUGACUUUGCACCCAGCUGUAAAGAAACAUCUAACUGAGGGGAUUUAUCACAUCCUAGAUCUUUGUGUGGAGCGUGAUAUCAAGUUCUUAAAUGCGUCCUUACCAGUGGGAGUGAGAGAAGUUUUCAAGGAACUGUAUCACGAUUAUUCUCACUACCACAAAGCUCUAAAGCAAGGGGAUGAAAAGUACACAGCAUGAGCUACCUAUUGUCUACCUGCUGCUUUGAAAUCUCACAGAGGACUAUCUUUCAAGGUGAUGAGCACUUGCUGUUCUUAAGGUUUGUGUACUUAGUAUCUGAAAUCUAGAGGCUGUGUUCAUCUGGACAGGUGCCCAUAUCAACUUCUGUGUAGGUGACUGACAGAUGUAUGCUUUCCUAAUGAUUGCAAGCAUGUUUUGAAGAAGAAAUUGCUUACUCGGUAAAGAGAUGCUGGAGUCAGAACCUUCAAGAGACAAUGCAGUCUUCUUUUGUUGUAGGCAAUAGGUAUUCAUGUAGAACAACACGUGGAAAUAAAUCAUGUUUUUGGUUUA